CCCGCGCGGCCACCAUGGGCGGCUCGGCCUCCAGCCAGCUGGACGAGGGCAAGUGCGCCUACAUCCGAGGGAAAACCGAGGCUGCUAUCAAAAACUUCAGUCCCUACUACAGCCGCCAGUAUUCCGUGGCUUUCUGCGAUCAUGUGCGCAGCGAGGUGGAGCAGCAAAGGGAUUUAACGUCACAGUUUCUGAAGACCAAGCCGCCAUUGGAGCCAGGAACUGUUCUCUACGAGGCAGAGCUCUCACAGUUUGCUGAAGACAUAAGGAAAUGGAAGGACCGAUACAUUGUGGUUAAAAAUGAUUUUGCUUUGGAAAGCUACGAGAACAAAGAGGCCUAUCAGAAAGGAGCUGCUCCUAAAAGCCGAAUUUUUCCAGCUGGUGGCAAGGUGUUAACCUCAGAAGAUGAAUAUAAUCUUUUAUCUGAUAGACAUUUCCCAGAUCCCAUUGCCUCCAGUGAGAAGAAUGCCCAGCCCUUUGUGGUCCUGCCCACGGCCUUCCCGGUGUACCUGUGGCAGCCUUUCCUCAGACACAGCUACUUCUGCUGCUGCGAGGCUGCCGAGCAGCGGAGGUUCAGCACCCUCCUGAGCGACUGCAUCCGACACCUGAACCACGAUUACAUGAAACAGACAACAUUCGAAGCUCAAGCCUUUCUAGAAGCUGUACAAUUCUUCCGACAGGAGAAGGGACACUAUGGCUCAUGGGAACUGAUGACUGGCGAUGAGACCCAGGUCCUGAGUAAGCUGGUGAUGGAGGAACUCCUCCCCACCCUUCAGACCGACCUGCUGCCUAGAAUGAAGGGGCGGAAGAACGACAGGAAGAGGGCCUGGUUUGGCCUCCUGGAGGAGGCCUACAACCUGGUCCAGCACCAAGUUGCAGAAGGAUUAAGUGCCCUGAAGGAGGAAUGCAGGGCGCUGACAAAGGGCCUGGAAGGAACGAUCCGCUCAGACAUGGAUCAGAUCGUGAACUCAAAGAACUUUCUAACCGGAAAGAUCAAAGCGAUGGUGGCCCAGCCUGCCGAGAAGAGCUGCGGGGAGAGCGUGCAGCCGUUCCUGGCAUCCGUUCUGGAGGAGCUCAUGGGGCCAGUGAGCUCGGGCUUCAGCGAGGUUCGUGCCCUUUUCGAAAAAGAAGUGGAUGACAUCAGCCAGAGCUUUCACACCUCCCAAGACUGCGGCCAGCUCAAGGAGCAUCUAGACCAGCUUAUGAAACUCCCUCUGGAUUCCGUGAAGAUGGAACCUUGUUACAGUAGAGUAACCCUGCUUCAGGAGCGCCUGCAGGAUCUCAACAGCCGCUUCCGAUUCCCCCAUGUCGACUUGGUGGUCCAGAGGACCCAGAACUACAUGCAGGAGCUCAUGGAGAAUGCAGUGUUCACCUUUGAGCAGUUGCUCUCCCCACACCUCCAAGGAGAGGCUUCCAGAACAGCAGCUGCCAUUGAGAAGGUUAAGCUCCGGGUUUUAAAGCAAUAUGAUUAUGACAGUAGCAGCACCCGGAAGAAGAUCUUCCAGGAGGCCCUCGUUCAAAUCAUGCUUCCCACCGUGCAGAAGGCACUGGCGUCCACAUGCAAACCAGAACUUCAGAAGUAUGAGCAAUUCAUCUUUGCAGAUCAUACCAACAUGAUCCACGUGGAGAAUGUCUAUGAGGAGAUUCUACAUCAGAUCCUGCUCGAUGAGACUCUGAAAGUGAUAAAGGAAGCUGCUAUCCUGAAGAAACACAACUUAUUUGAAGAUAAUAUGGCUUUGCCCAGUGAAAGUGUGUCCAGCCUGACAGAUCUAAAAACCUUCACAGGGUCAAACCAGACCAACGCACCCAGCAGAAUGUCUGCCGUUCUGCCAACAGCUCCAGAUAAUGAGCCCCAAAGCAAUGACGUGUUCCAGGAACCAGAAGAAAAGAAGCCGCCUGAGGUGCCUGGCCUGCUGGAUGGAGAAAGCCUUUCUCUCCCAGAGCCCCAACCUCCUUCAGGUGGGGAUGGGCAGAAGAUCGCAUCAGGGGUGGAGAAGCCUGCUGUGAAUUCGGGGACUGCAGAGGCCACGGCAAGGCCCCUGAGCACACAUCAACCACAGGCGGAGUUUGGAGGAACCCCUGAGCAUGAAGAACCCACCCAUGAAAAGCCAGCAUCUGUUGUUGCCUCAGGAUCCUUGAAGGAGCUGAGGGAGAUGUUGACCGUGGCCACUGAGGUACCAGUGGAGCUUGCCACAGAUGAGAAAGAAAAGGGUGAGGACCAAAGCCACCCGGAGUCCCAUGAGGCAGCUGCCGCCCAGCAGGACAAGCAUGAUGGCAGUGAGGUCAGUGAGAAGCAGACCCAGCCUUCCCCUCUGGAAGUCGAGGCUCCUGGCAUAGACUUGGCAGCAUUUCCAGAGAUGAGCAGCCCUGUCACUCAGCCCGCUGGUAGAGAGCUCACCGAGGAUGCCAACUGUUCCGGUCCCACAGCAGAGCCCACUGGGGGCGCGCCCUCAGCCGGAGCUUUCACACAGGACCCCCUUGAAGGAGACGAGGCUGGGCACCCUGUAGAUGGCAAGGCUGGGCUGCAGGAAGAAGCCCCUUUAAGUUCGAAGGCCACCUGCCCCGUGGAGAGCAACGAGAUGCCUCGGGGUUCUGAGGAACAAGAAGCUACAGAAGAGAAAAGCGCUGAAACCCUAGCUGUGGCUGCUGAGGAGGUCAAGGAGGCCCCUGCCCACGAGUGUCAGUGGGUGGUGGAGAAUGUGCCAAGCACUGACAUGCCAGCUGCACAAGAUGAUGUGAAGGAUGCAGAAGGGUACCAGGAGAGCGCCCCAGAGCAGCCUUCAGAGGAGUGACAGGGACAAUGUGCCAGUAGUUCUUCUUGGAAUGUUGUCCGUCGAAGGGCUACAGUUAUGGGUGUACAUCGGGCUUGCAUUGAAUUGGUAUAAAAAUUAUGAAAUAUGUCCAGAGGAAACACAUGCAGGGCAUGAGCACAAGGCCGACGUUAGAAAGUGAACGGCCUGCCCUGUGAAUUAUUGCUUUAACAUUUUAGUAGGAAUAAUAAAGGCACUGAAGUGUUUGGGGUGAAAGGUAGCUAAGGGGGUCUCGGAGAGGGAGACAUAUUGCAAUAGAGACCCGAACAUAAGGAGCACAUUUCUUGAUAUUCUGUGCACAUGCCAAUGUUACAGCUCUCUGCUGCACUUGAAGGCUUUCCCACUUUUAAUAAGAAGACAGAUGCAGGCUGUAACUGCAGCCUUGCCAUCUGUUCUAUUGACUUUACUUUUCUGAGGGAGCAUUAGUCCACAGUUAGGCUACAAGAAAGGGAAGGUCAUGUGCACCAAGCACCCUUGCCAUGUGUAGUUCCCAGAGCCAGUCAUGCCCUGUAGGUCUCAGGAGAUGCUGCGUGGAAACCCACAGAAGAAAAAUGUGGCCUAUGGGACUCUCUGAACAUAUUUUCAAUUCAGCUAUCAAUUUCUUAUCAAUUAAUCUUGUGGGAUUUUAUUAGUGAAUCACCUCUUAAGGAAACUCAGAUGAGGCAAGGAAACUUCAUUGGCACAUGCAAACUUGAAGGUCUUCUAAAUUAGCUUUAUUCUGUGCAAAGUGUUCAGCUAUAAUUAGUCAAUGAAAAACCUACCAAAGGCACAGACAUUAUUUGAGCAGCCACUGCAUGCCAUGUUAGGCACAAAAAUAAAAAUAAGGUGCUCUGUCUCUAAAUUAAAGGGCUUAUGAGAAUUUAGAAUAGGAGGAAAAAUAUUUUCUUCCAACUUUCAGUUUUUGAACCAUUUAAGUUUUCUCUCUUUCUCCCAACAGAAUCAUGGCUUGUUUUCAGAAAUGAGUGAAGGAAAUAGCCAAAGUGUAUAUCGUUAAGUUCCACAGAUGUUAUGAGAGGUAGAGAUCAUUUUGUCAUUUAGCAAGUUAGUUGAAUCCCUUCUAGGUGUCAGUCAUUUGGCAUCCCAUGCCAAAAGGCUGCAGUUCCUUCUUUCUGAAAGGAAAUGGAAAGAAAUACAUCUUUUAAGUAGAUCAUAAUCUUUAACUGUUAAUAUUCAAGAUUGACUACCAAAAGAUUAAAAAUAUGUAUCCUCCCCCAUCUGUAAUCCCGGCACUGGGAAGGCAGAGGUAGGAGGGUCACUGUGAAUUCGAGACCAGCCUGGACUAUAGAGUGAGUUCCAGGUCAGCCUGGGUUAGAGGGAAACCCUACCUUGAAAACAAACAAACAAACAAAAGCGAGCAAAAAUUGUGUGUUCUGUUGUCCUUCAGAAAAGUCACAUAUUUCCUAAAAAUUUCAGCCCCACAUAGGUAGUACUGAAGUAUCCUUCCAAAAAUUUUAAUAUUUGAGCCCAAAUGUCCCAAAGCUUGCUCCAUUCAUCAGCAGAAGUACAGUCUUUAGAGAAGCUGAGACAGGGUGCAACCAUUUCACCAGCUCUCCCAUGAAGAAUUUCUAAGAUUUAUAUCACAAAGGAUGAAUAAUAGUAUUAGCUCAUAUUGAAUCAUUUUGCCUUUUCCUUCUUUCUUUCUUUUCUUU